AUGCCGCAUAUGGACCUGAUCGGCGCCCAAGAUGUGGAGAAGCAGUCUUUGACUGCGAAGGAUUAUUCCAAGGCUCCCCCGAAUAUCCGUGAAAACCGAUCCAUCCUUGCCCUGAUCAUGGCACCAAUUCGGCUGGGCCUCUUCGCAAUUUUGUCGCUUCUCUUGAUAGUGACGUAUUUGCCGACAGUCAGGACUUCACCUGUGGAAUUUUCAGAGCGCGAUUCCCAUGCCGAUCAUGGAUUGCGGGCUGAAGUUGCUCCGGGGAAGCUGGGCGCAAUUGCUAGUGAAAGUGCCAUUUGUUCUCAGCAUGGAGUGGAUAUCCUGAAAAUGGGCGGCAACGCUGCUGAUGCUGUGAGCAUGUACCACAGCGGAAUUUCUGGGGGUGGCUUUAUGCUCAUCAGGGCACCCAAUAAGACCUAUGAGUUCAUUGAUUUCAGAGAAACCGCCCCCGCCGCAGCCUUCGAGGAUAUGUUCAAGAACAAGACCGAUGAUGCUGUUAGCGGCGGGCUAGCAAGCGGAGUCCCCGGUGAAUUGAGAGGUCUUGAAACCCUUCACAGAAAGUACGGCACACUGCCAUGGGCGACACUCGUACAACCAGCCGUUCGAACAGCCCGUGAAGGAUUCACCGUUGGAAGAGAUCUGGUCCGAUACAUGGAGUCCGCGGUCGGCGAUGGAGAAGACUUCUUAUCGAAGAACCCGACUUGGGCUAUCGACUUUGCUCCCAAUGGAACUCGUCUCGGGUUGGGUGAUAAAAUCACUCGACACCGAUACGCAGAUACUCUCGAAGCCAUUGGGAAGCAUGGCCCCGACGCAUUCUACACCGGACCUAUUGCAGAGACUAUGAUCAAUGCUUUGCAAAGUGCCAACGGGACCAUGACUCUGGAUGAUCUGAAGAAUUACACUGUGGCCAUUCGGAACGUGUCUCAUAUCGAUUAUCGUGGGUAUAAGGUCACAGGUUGCACUGCGCCCUCGAGCGGCGUCGUUGGUUUGAGUAUCCUGAAGAUCCUGGGGACGUAUCCAGGACUUUUCUCCAACGAGUCGGCUCUAAAUCUGAGCACUCAUAGAUUGGACGAAGCGAUGCGGUUUGGUUAUGGACAGAGAGCCAAUCUAGGCGAUCCCUCGUUCGUUGAUGGGAUUUCUCAAUAUGAGUCCAAUAUGCUGGAUCAAGCUACGGUUGACGAGAUCCGAUCGAAGAUCUCGGAUGUUCGUACUCAGAAUGUGUCGGCUUAUGACCCAGCUGGGUUGGAAAGCCUGGAAACUCCCGGAACAUCGCACAUCGUGGCAGUCGAUCACACCGGCCUUGCGAUCUCGGAAAUCACGACAAUCAACACUUUGUUCGGCAGCAAGGUCAUGGUUCCGGAGACCGGGAUCAUCAUGAACAACGAAAUGGAUGACUUCUCAAUCCCAGGAACUUCCAACUCCUUCGGCUACAUCCCCUCUGAAGCAAACUAUAUCCGAGCCGGGAAACGUCCGCUCUCAUCCAUGACGCCCGUUAUCGUCGAACGGCCCGAUGGCACCCUUUUCCUACUCUCUGGCUCUGCCGGUGGUAGUCGCAUCAUCACCGCCACCGUCCAAAAUGUGAUCAACUCGAUCGACCAGGGUCUUUCGGCUGCGAAGGCCUUGGCCAAACCUCGUUUACAUGACCAGCUGGUGCCGAACCUGUCCGUCUUUGAGUACACUUAUGACAACUCGACUGUUGCCUUCAUGAAGAGUCUUGGGCACAAUGUCUCUUGGGUUGCGCCUGGCCAGAGCACUGCUCAACUUGUUCGGAUCUUGCCUAAUGGCACCUUUGAUGCUGCUGGUGAACCGAGGCAACUUGACUCUGGUGGGUUCUCUGUAUAG